UUCCAACCUUCCUUCUUUCUCUUUGACACCACAAGAAAAACACACACAUACACAGAAGGAGAGUUCUGUUGUUGGUCAACGGUCAACCCCAAUUUUCCAGCCACCAACAAAACUCUCCUUCAAUGGCCUCCAAAUCAUCAACUUUUCGGUUCCUCACACUCCCUGAAAAACCGCCACUUCCCAACAACCACAACAAUUUUGAGUUUCACGAGAACGACGUCGUUUUUCCUUUCGAUGACGUCACCUAUGAUUUUCCUUCACCGUCACCGGCGAACUUAUCAUCUUCGCCGCCGGUUCACCGUCAAUUAACAUCCGGACUCUACGCCGCCUUAUCCAACGAUCAAAAUCCGCUAGUCCGAAAAAAACCUAACAUGUCGCCGUCGCAAUCCGCCGCCACUGCCGCGCGUACGAUAUCUCCGGUUACGGCGAGACGUUCGUCGGAGCAUUAUCACCAGUCUGCGCCGGUGAACGUGCCGGUUUGGCCGAAGAAUAGGUCAAGUAGUAAGUACUUGAAAGAGUUUGAUGACGUGGACGAUGGCGUGGCAGAAGGUGAGGAUGAUGAUGACGUGGCGGUGGAAGGGAUGGUGCCACCACAUGAGAUAGUGGCUAGAUCGUAUGUAACGUUUUCGGUGUUUGAAGGAGCUGGAAGGACACUUAAAGGCAGAGAUUUGUGUAGGGUUAGGAAUGCUGUGUUUCAGCAAACUGGUUUUCUGGACUAAAAUUUUGGUUAUUUAUAUUUAUAUAUUCACUUGCUGUAUCUAUAUAUCAAUUUUGUAUCCUACUUUUACUAUUUUUAUAUA